CAUGAUGGGAGCAAAAUGCAAAAAGCUUCGCAGUCUGGAUUUGUGGAGAUGUAAAAACAUAACUGAGAGUGGAAUAGCAGAAUUGGCUUCAGGCUGCCAGCUUUUGGAAGAACUUGAUCUUGGCUGGUGCCCUACGUUACAGAGCAGUACAGGCUGUUUCACAAACCUUGCACGUAAACUCCCGAACUUGCAAAAGCUCUUUCUUACGGCCAACAGGUCAGUGUGUGACACAGAUAUUGAGGAGCUUGCUGCUAACUGUACGCAUUUACGGCAGCUGGAUAUACUGGGGACGAGGAUGGUAAGCCCUGCAUCUUUAAGAAAAUUGCUGGAGUCUUGUAAAGAUCUUUCUUUACUCGAUGUGUCCUUCUGUUCACAGAUUGAUAAUAGAGUUGUCCUGGAACUGAAUGCCAACUUUCCUAAUGUGUUCAUAAAAAAGAGUUUCACCCAGUGACUCACUACAUAUGCUGCUGUGGAAUUCGUUUGACAAAGUUGUUUCCUGUGAAUUUGUGCUGACUUUUUUUUUUUUUAAGAAGAAUAUAAAUCCCCUAGGAAAUAGUGGAAAGUAUUAAUUGUCUACACAAAUGGGUAAAAUACAUUUAAAUCUAUUA